CUGUUAAUCCUGAAGCUAAAUUUGAUUCUAUUACCUAGGAACUCACACAAAACCAGAUUAUCUGCGUAUAUAUUUUCUAUACUCAAGACUUUGUAUUAGCCUCCUUAAUCGUUGUAAAAGAGCGGUGUGAUAGAGCUUAAUUUUGAAGAGGCUAACCGGAAGUAAGAGCCUUAUUUGAGUUCAAGCUUUACAUCCGACAAACUCGUUUCGCUCAAGAGUCAUUAGCAUGAAGUGGCAACACGCGCACACGCGAGGGUGCGAGGGCCGCGGGUGGACGCCGGUAUAAAACCGAGGCGCCAGGUUCAGACAAAGGUCUAUGUAAAGAGGAUUUGGUGAGUGAGGAGCACGAGGAGAGUAACCAGAAAUGAACAGAGUCACUAAAUCCCACACAACCUCAGCCAUGUACUUCCCUAGCAUGGGUACAGCCCCUUGCUUUAAGGUGACUGUGUUUGAGCAGGAGCAUUUCCAGGGCAAGUGUUUGGAGUUCACCUCCGAGUGCUGCAACAUCCAUGACUGUGGCCUGGACAACAUCCGUUCCAUCCGAGUGGAGAGUGGAGCCUGGGUGGGUUUUGAGCACCACGACUUCCAGGGCCAGCAGUUCAUCCUGGAGAGAGGCGAGUACCCCAACUGGGAUGCCUACAGCGGCUCCCUGGCCUACCACACAGAGCGCUUCAUGUCCUUUCGCCCCAUCUACUGCGCUUCUCACCAGAGCAGUCAUAUGAUGAUCUUUGAGAGAGAGAACUUCAUGGGCCGCUGCACCAACCUGUGUGACGACUACCCCUCGCUGCAGGCCAUGGGCUGGUCCAUGCCCGAGGUGGGCUCCAUGCACGUGCAGAGUGGAGCCUUUGUGUGCUAUGAGUACCCCGGCUACAGAGGCCAGCAGUACAUCAUGGAGUGUGAGAGACACAGUGGAGACUACCAGUGCUGGAAGAACUGGGGAUCCCACUGCCAGACUCCCAAGAUCCAGUCCAUCAGGCGCAUCAGGCACUGAAGGGGAACAGAUGAGGACUAGAGACUGCAGCAGAUGCCUGGGCUCAGGCUAACACCCGCUCACUGUGCUUUGAGGGGCCCGAUCUAAGUCCAAAACCAACUUUAGGUUUGGUUCUGAGCUUAGGGCUUCAUUAAGUCAGCACUGUGAUUACAACACAAAGCAUCAGUGAUGUAGCAGCUACCUCUUUAUCCCAUAUUCAUAUUUCUGUUAAUACUCAUUUUGUUUUAGUACAAGUGAAAUAAAGUUCAAAAUCAGAACAUGAAAAGUCCUUUCUGUAAUUCCUGUGUGAGUGCACAUAUGCAGAGACAGUGACAAUGGCAACUUACAGUUGAUAACAGUUCAUCAAUAAAUGAAGGAUUAAGGAUAAAAUAGAAACAAAGGUCACUGAUGAUCCCAUACCAGUGAAACUAUUAUGAUAUAGUGACGUAAGUUUUUAUAGGUUAGAAGUCUGCUUCAUGUAUCUGCAAAUGUUCUGAAUGUAAUACGUACAGAAGCACAAUGUUUGUGUGUUUGUUUCUUGGUAAAACUUCACUGUUUUACUCCUUGACCCAUAUUAAUCAAGCAUCUCAGAAUCCCUGCUUAAAGUUAAACCAGCACAGUGAUAUAUAAUGGCAUUUUCUGUGGUUAAAUAUAUUUUCAAGAAUUUAAUUCUGGAAAGUGAUUAUUGUUAUGUAAGUGUACUUCUGAUGUUCAAUUACAGUAAAAUUGGUAGGUGGAGCUUACGAGAUAGAUGAUGUGCAGAUACAGUCUUCUUGACUGAACUUUCGCUAAGCUUCAUUUCUACUCUUACAUCAGAUACAUACGUUUACGCUGCUGUAAUCUAAAUUUACAAUGUGUGGGUAUGUCAUUGUACUGUGUCACAAUAAUUGUAAUGAAACAUUUAGUCUUGCUCACGUUUCCAUGGCAAUAAGUUUAGGGCAGUCACCGUUGGCUUAAUAUAAAGUUGGUGACUUUGACAACACACCACCACCCACCAGUAAGGAGGCUGUGCAGAGAAAUACAGUCAUGUACAGCAGAUA